GUUACCAAGCGAGCGGCGCAAACGGCCGCCGCGGCCUCAUGGCGCCAUGGAGAGGCAGCUGCGGCCCGUCUACGAGGGGAGGUUCACCGACUGGUUUCCCGAGCUGUCGGCCGCUGGAAAGUUGCUUUUCACUGGCGAUACGGCUGCGGGUUGCCUGACUGAGGUUUUACUCAGGCCCAUUACUCCACCUACUGUGCGAAAGUUUCGAAAUACAACAAAUCCAGCUCCUGGUGUUGAAAGAAUAUUCUACGGCAGAGCAGAUGAUCCUGACAUUGCAUCUCACUUGACACAUGGCAUAGAGUCACGUCCUUCACACAGUAAUAAACCAGACAAAACACCCAUCUCCCUUACCUUCCCCAACCGUAUAUUUAUUCCUUACUUUCCAGAUGUAUCAGGUGGAAAGCUUAUAAAUCUACCAAAAACUUUUGAGGAAGUAGAUAAAGAAGCCAGAGAAGGACAUGAUCUGUACAUUGUGUCACACAGCGAUUAUUAUGUGGGGGAAGCAAUAAAUAGGAAGUAUGUCUCUCCAAACUUCAGUGAGUCUUUUGUUUAUGGAAUAAAACCCCCUCACUUUAAAGAUGGGCGAUACGUAUCCAAAUCCUUAAAUUGGCACUCUGCUCCGGAAUCGUUAGGAAGGAAUGUGCUUAUUAACAGUAUAGCAGAAACUAAGAAUGUUCCCUCAGACCGUACAUUUGGAGUGUCACUCUGUCCAUAUAAAUAUGGAGUUGCUGAUCUUAUUCACCAUGGGGUUCCAUGUGAGAUCCUCCAUGGUAAAGACAGAGGGAGAACUCUUUUGACUGAAGUUCGGCAGAGUUUGAAGAAAGCUAACUAUGAGAAUUUUGACAUGCUGCUAGAAGCAUUCAGGCAUUAUGAUAAGAAUGGUGAUGGAAUGAUAGACAAGGACAGCCUAUGAAAAUCCUGUUUUCAGCUCAGUCUGAAUGUAGAUGAUGAGCUCCUGGAUUCCUUAUUUGACUGUUGUGAUUUGGAUAAAGAUGGUCUGAUUAAUUAUUUGGAGUUCAGAAACUUUCUGAACUGGAAAAACAGAACAGCUGUUAAAGAGUUUGAAGAAAAAAUAAUUACAAAAGCAGAAAAAAUGGAUGCUCUUUUUCUGCCUGAAGACACAAAGAUAAAUGAGGAGCUGAAGCAGCAAGAUCUUGUGUUAAAAGAACUGGGAAGCUCAGAAAAGACUCCAGAAAUACUUACAAGACCAACAGAUCAUGUAUUUGCAAAUUAUCAAACAACUUCUUCUCAGUACAAUGCUGUAGUAGGUGGUCUCCCAACAACCUGUUGUCCAGUGCGUGGUGUUCCAAGUAUUCAUUCAGAUCUUCCUGCUCCUCGAAUUCGCCGCCUCAGUGACAGAACUAAUUAUGGUGACGAUGCCAGUGCUUAUGCAUUAUUGUUCCCUUCUGUCUUCAGUCAAAAGGGAGUGUAUGAAAAAGACUUUUUAAGAACAAGACCGAAGGCAGAGAUUGCAGGAAUUCUUCGCAACAUUGGUGUGAACAUUUCAGAUGAAAGGUUUGAGGAGAUAUGGAAGCAAGCCUCUAUGAAGCAUCAGAAAGAAGAGGUUUGUGUAGAAAGCAUCAAGAAUGUACUGGAUGUGAUACAUGCAUCACAUACAGAAACUAGUUGCUAAUUCUAGUCUUUGGGCAUUGCAUUUAUUUAAAUUGACAUUGCUUAUAAUUCUGGUGCUGAGAAAAAUAAACAUUUUCAAUAACAUGUUUACAGAA